GCCACCAGCAAGUUUAAAAGCAGUGCUGCCACCCACCGCCGGACCCUCACUCCGUCUCGUCCUGCUUCUUCUUCCUUAUCUCUUCUUCCUCCUGCCGGCCUCUCGAUCGGCUAGCUCCUGCUCUCGCCGCUAGCAAGCGAAUUGAAGGUGGCAAAACCUUGGAACACCAAGGGCAGAGAAAGAUGUCGACCAUCGUCAUGAGAGUCGACCUUGAGUGCGACAAGUGCUACAAGAAGAUCAGAAAGGUCCUCUGCAAGCUCCAAGACCGAGAGAACAUCAAGAUGAUCUCGUACGACGAGAAGAACAACGUGGUGACGGUGGCCGGGUCGUUCGACGCCGAGGAGGUCUCUGACAGGCUCUGCUCCAGCGCCGGGAAGGUCAUCACCGACAUACAGGUCGCCAGAGGGAACCAGAUGAUGAUGCCCGGCGCAGGCAAGGCGGCGCCCAAGAAUCCCGGGAAGGACAGCCACGGCAAGAAGGAAGGACACGGCCAUGUCCAAGGUGGCCAGCAGGGCCAUGGCCAAGGCCAAGGCCACGGCGGCCAGCAGGGCCAGGGCUACGGCGGUGGCCAGCAGGUUCAAGCCCACGGAGGCGGCCACGGUGGCGGCGGUGGCCAGCAGGGUCAUGGCCAGGGCGGCGGCCACGGUGGCGGCGGCGGGAAGCCGGACAAGACCAAGCACGUCAAGUUCGACAUGGACGACGACGGCGACGACGACGAAUUCGACCUGCCCGCCCACCACGGCAAGGGUCACGGCAACGACCACGGCAGUAAGGGUCACGGUCACGGACACGGGCACGCCGGGGAGAAGCCGAGGGUGUUCACCACCAACACUGCUAUGGCACGGAACGAGGCCCCGCGCCCCCAGCAGGGAGCGUCGAUGGCGGCGAUGGCGCCGAUGCGGAUGCCGGCGCCGAUGGGGCCGAGCAUGACGAUGAUGCCGCAGGCUUUGUCCACGCCGUCCAUCUGGCCGGUGCCGCCGCCUGCACCGUCGUACGGGUACGGCGCGCCGGCGUACGGGUAUGGAGGGGGCCCACCGGCCGGAGGGUACUACGGCGGGCCCGUGUACGACCACGGUGGGUACGGCGCGUACGGCGGCGGUGCGUACGGUAGGAAUCCGUACCAGCCGCAGUACUGCUACGAGGAGGAGCCCAGCGCCGGGUGCAGCGUCAUGUGAUGUGAUGAACUCAACACGGAUCAGAAUCAGAUGACCAACCAUGCUUUGGUGAGCAGAGCAGAGCACACAUGAAAAACCAUCUAUACUUAGUCUGCGACUAGUAUUACGUUACCUUGGUUUUCUUCUUCUUUUCUUGGGUGGGUGCUUGGUGUCAGGGUGUGUGAAUAUGAUCGUGCGCACAGCUUCAUCGUGUCGCUGGCCGUUGCCAGUUUGUAGCGUAUGUGUUCUUUCGUGUAUAGAUGUGACAUGUUACCAGGAUAGUUUGUUCGAUCCUCCGAUGUAAAGUUAAGCAAACAUAUGACUAUAUGAGAAUGUUGGGUAGUACUUGGCUCUAA